GUUGAGAUUUCGUUUAUUUUAAUUUGGAUGUUAAACAUUAGUAUCUAACUUGUAAGUGUUCCACUAAUAACUCAAGAAAAUGUCCGUCAAAGAUGAAAUAACGCAGUUUAAGUUAUGGGCUACAAAACUUGGAUGCCCAUUAGAAAAAAUUCCACCGGACGAAACACUCAGAAAAUACAUUCGCGGAAAGCAAAGCAUCGUUUUUCAUCACAUAAUGAAUGAAGUUCGUCCCCGACAGGAAAUAUCUACCAUGCGAAAUAACGUUCUAGUGGCUAAACUUCGUCAGUUUCAAAAACUAGGCAAUGUUGUGGCUAAAUCCAAAUUGAAUCAAAUGCCUGAGGAACUGAAAAGGUUUGAACAGAUAGAAAAACUAAAAACUAAAUGUAACGAAACUGAAACUCGAAUUACCAACUCUAUAAACUCCCUAAAAACUAUAACAGCUAAGAUUAAGCAAAAGAACAUUCAAAAAGUGCAUCACACAACGAAAUUGUCCGAGAUAGACGACAAAUUAUUUUACCUCAGAGCAGUGAACAACGCGCUGACUAAAAUGUCGAAAAAGGAGGUUGAAAUUAAGGAAACGAUUGACCACUUGAUGCCCGUUAAAUUGCACGAUUCUACGAAAACCAAAGAGGAUGCUAUUGGUGCAAUUCAACGGUGUCUGCAGUAUCUUGAAGAAUUUUAUUCCAAAUUUGCGGACCUGAAACAGGAAGGAUGUAAACAGGCCCAGCAAAGUCUCUGGAACAACAUGAGGGUCGCCCUGGCGGGUAUUCCAAACUAUCACCUUUGGACUGUCCUGAUAGAGAUGAAGGAGAAACAGUUGCUAGAAAUUGCUGAAGUUGAUCGACAACAAAAUGAGCUGGAAAAGGAAGUAACCCUUUCAGAUCAGGAUAUGCUUCAAAUAAAUAUGGCAAGGCUCUGUGGAUCCCACAUCAAUUUGUUUAUUGACCUUGUCUCAAUGAAGCAUUCGGUUCAGUCGUUAAGGGAGGACUAUUUGGCUAAGUAUACACCAUUUUCACAGAUGCUGGAGACAAAGAUGAAUUUGCUGAAUACGAUGGACGAUGAGGCAGACUCCAUCUUGGAGGACUACAUGCUUCAAUCCACCACGAAAGAUUACAACCAGGGUCAACUAGAAUUUCUCAGUAAGGAGAUUGAGCGAAAAAAGCAGGAGAUUAAUAUUCAGAGCAAAAAGUUAGACAACCAUGAACAAUCUCUUGCUCAGCUCCGAGAUAUCUACGCAGAAGUGGACGCUCAUUCAACGCGUAUACAGGAGGAAAUUCAGCUACUGAACCAGAUCAAAGAAAAGGUUUCAUAUGUUAAAAGUUUCAGUUGUUACACAGUUCAUAAUAUGCGCCAGAAGACUGGAAAUCAAACGUUGAAUCUUAGCGAGCAGUCGAUGAAUCUAACUCGAUUGGAAAACAAACCGAUUUCCCCUGGUUUCAUAUACUCUCCGGCUACGCUGCCACCUUUGCGAAACGAAUUGACGCUUCUAGCUGGAACUCCAUUUUACAAAUUCAACCGCUCUAAGCACACCGUUUUUGCCCAUGAUAUUCACAUUUGCCUUUCGUCAGCAAGUGGCGAAUCGGACUCGCUGCUGAGCCUUCUGCCGGCCUCUUUCUCAUCGGCUGAGCAUUCACUGCAUGAGGUUAGGGCAAUUAUCAAGCUAGAUGAGCUGGUUAAAUCCUUCCAGCAAAACGUUUGUCCAGAGUUGGACAAGGUUACCCCAAAUGGUGCCCAGUACAGGCAGCUGUGGCGGGCUAAUCAUGAAAAAAUCUGCGAAUAUUUGGACGAAACUGAGGCACUGCUAGGUAACGCCCAGCAGAUGAUUGAAAAGGGUCGCACCUACUAUGACUUUGUGCUAGCCAAUGCGCUUCGGAAGUACGUGCCUCCAGAGAAAUUGUUCAAUGGAAGAAAUUACCGCGAAUAUGAAAAUGAGUAUAUGAUGUAUUAUCGGAUGAUCAACGGUACGAUGGGAGGAAAGUGAACUCGUUUGUAAGACAUGUGUGCCGACCAUAUCACCGGCGGCGGCGGCGUAGAAAACAUUUUACCUCGGCGGCGAUCGGCGCGCCGGCGUGACGCCAUUAGUUUUCAUCAGCGGCGGCGGCGGCGGCGUGAACGGCGUGACACUAAUUACCACUUAUAAAAUAUUGC